GCGGAUGGCGAGGGCGAGGGAUUCGCGGCGGAAUCAUCGCGUUAGUCGGGUGGCAACUGUCCAGGCAUGUGCGUCGUUCGUCUAGUCCGGUGAACGCGUGCGCGGGUGGUUUGUGUUGGUGUUGGUAGUGGUGGUAAUAGGUGGUAAUAGGUGGUAAUAGUGGUGGCGGUGCACCGAGAAAGAAAGGUGGUACGUUCGCUCUUCGUUCCUUCUCGAGUGCCUCUCGCUUAAUCGCCAAGGUACAGGACGAAGGCAGUGAUUCGCGAACAUGUGAUUCUGACAGGAAGAGAAAGAAAGAGAGACAGCCCUUCGCGAUAGUUUCUUUUCGGUGACGUUUCCGUCACCGUAUGUACGCGAGAGCGCGGUGGUGAGUUCGCCUCGCUCGCGUCGCUCCGGACACGCCGGGAUACGCCGUGGAGUCGUCGCCCCCUCCCACUCCCUCCCUCUCGCUCGCUCGCUCGCGCGCGUCGAGGGGUUGUUACCGUCGUGCCGAAGAGGAUAUAAUGUUCUGAAAUUCGUGACGGCGAGAGAGCCACGCGCGCAUCAUUAUGGUCGCUAAGCACUUUGCUUCGCAGGGCUCAAGCCCUGAAUGCGGUGUGCCGGAUAUGACAGUUAUCAGCGACAUCGAUGAGACUGGUAUUAAUCGGAAUCUUCAAGUUCGGUAUAGCAGAGACCAGAUAUAUACGUACACGGGAUCCAUUCUGGUUGCUGUGAACCCUUACAAGGAGGUGGACUACUACACAAAUGAGUACGUGAAUCGAUACCACGAGCAGAAAAUGGGCGCCUUGGAGCCGCAUGUGUUCGCUCUGGCGGAGGCGGCGUACAAGUCUCUGCAGGACACCGAGACCAAUCAGUCCUGCGUGAUAUCGGGCGAGAGCGGGGCCGGCAAGACCGAGACCACCAAGUUCAUCCUGCAGUAUCUGUGUUCGGUCACCAGCAACGUCGACACGUGGGUGGAGCAGCAGAUCCUGGAGGCCAAUACCAUCCUCGAGGCAUUCGGCAACGCGAAGACGGUGCGAAACGACAACAGUUCGCGCUUCGGCAAGUUCAUGCAAGUGUGCUUUGACAACAAGUGGAUGAUCAAGGGAUGCAUCAUUCAAGAUUAUCUGCUGGAGCAGAGCCGUAUCACUUUUCAGAGCCCGGAGGAGCGCAAUUACCACGUAUUUUAUAAGCUGGUUGAGGCCGGCACGAGAGACAAGGAAUUCGCAGAGCAAUAUAAGCUACGACCGGCCAGUCAUUACAAAUAUCUCAAUCAGUCCGGCUGCGUAAAGAUCGAUGGAAUUUCUGAUUCUAAGAAACUCGACGCUCUCAGGCUCGCCUUCAACGUGCUUCAGGUUGCGCCGGAAAUGUGCGAAGGCAUCUUUCGGGUAUUAUCGGCCAUCUUGUGGCUUGGAAAUUUAAACUUCGAAGACAUCGACGGCGAAAGAUGCGAGUUGUCGACGGAGGACAGGAACAUAGUCGACACGGUGGCACCUUUAUUGGGUCUUCAAGUGGAGGAUCUCACCAGGGUAGUGCUGAUACGGCAGAUAAAUGUUCGCGGUAAUAUAACAGAGAUCCCGUUGAAAGUGCAGGAGGCACGAGAGAACAGGCACGCAAUGGCGAAGGCGCUUUACUCGCGCACUUUCGCCUGGCUCAUCAAUCACAUCAACAAUUGCACGAAUCCAGGCCAGGAUAGCUCGCGAUUUCUCGGGGUGCUCGAUAUCUUCGGCUUCGAGAAUUUUGCGUUGAAUAGCUUUGAGCAACUCUGCAUCAAUUACACAAACGAGAAACUGCACAAGUUCUUCAAUCACUAUGUUUUUGCGUUGGAACAGGAACUUUAUCGUCAAGAGGAGAUCCAAUAUUCCCACAUUACAUUCACGGAUAACACAAUGUGCCUCGAACUGAUCGAAAAGCCUCCGCGAUGUGUUCUCAAAUUAUUGACCGAGCAGUGCCAUAUGCCGAAAGGCUCGGAUUUGGCCUAUCUGACAAAUUUGCAUGCGGAAUUCGAGAAUCACCCGUGCUAUGUGAAGGGGGAUGAUCGACGAAAGUGGGAAAAGGAAUUCGGAGUCAAACACUAUGCCGGUUGCGUGACGUACACCGUCAAGGGUUUCGUCGAUAAGAAUCGGGACGAUCAGCAGGACGUAUUCUUCGAUUUCAUGUCUAGGAGCACCAACGAAUUCGUCCAGGAAAUCUCCGUUUAUCAAGAUCUAUUGGGAUACACCGUUGCGCGCGCAACCGGCAGCGCGUCCACGACAAUGUCACGAGGAACGUCGAAAGGCAAGCCGACUCUCUGUGACUCUUUCCGACAUCAAUUGCAAGCCUUAGUAGACGUAUUGCAGGCGACGACACCGUGGUACGCGCGCUGCAUUAAGCCGAAUAUGGAGAAGAUAGCCAAUCACUACGACGAGAAGCUUGUGCUGGACCAGCUCAAGUAUCUCGGCAUGUUGGACAUUAUACGCAUACGUAAAGAGGGUUUUCCGAUACACAUGUCAUUUCACGACUUUGUCGCAAGGUAUCGUUGCCUAGACAAGGGCCGAGCCUCUCUCUCCUGCGACGAGAAGGAAGCAGUCAGAUAUUUGAUCAGCAAACAAGGUAUACCGCAAACUGAAUGGCAGAUCGGCCGAACGAAAGUAUUUCUGAGAAGCUACGUGCACGAGCCUUUAGAAGACUCUAGAAAUCAAAUGGUAACGAGAAACGCCAUCGUAAUACAGAAGAUUUGGCGAGGAUAUGUCAAACGGCGAGAAUACAAGCGUAUAAGGGAGGCAGCACUCAAGGUGCAACACGCGUAUCGCGGCUGGAAGCUACGGAUAAUGUUUAUUCGAAAGCGCAGAGCUGCCAUAGUGAUCCAAAGUCAUCUACGAGGUGUCUUUGCGAGGGAGGUGGCUGCUGCGCUACGUGAAAUGAGACGAGUCGAUGAGGAGAUGAGAAAGAGGGAGCGUCUGGAGAAAGAACGAAGAUUGAUGGAAGACAAGAAAGCGUUGGAGGAAAGCCAGAGCACGCAGUACAAUGGUAUUGUCGGGAUGGAAUCUGGAAAAGCGCAGGAAGAGAUUGCCGCCUUGUCGCAGAUGGCCGAGCAAAUGAACUCGAAGAUGGCCGCUGCUUCAGACUUGCAAUCGGUAGACCUCGACAAUCUAUUCUCCUUUCUGUCCGACGUACAAUCGACCAAGAGCAAUCAAAUUAUCGAGGAGAUCGGCGAGCAAAUGGACGAACUGGUCGAGGAUCUAGACGUGGAAUUAGAAACUGUCAUUCAACAAGAGAUGGAAUUAAAUUCCAAGGCCGCCGAUUCGUCGAAAGUCACUUCUCCUGUCAACGGACAGGAAAUGACAUCUCUGCAGCAACGAUUACCUAGUGCGAAUAACUUGAGUACUAGCAAACUCGGUCAACCGAGUCUUCCGGAACCUACGGAACCGCCUCCACCGCCACCUCCGCCGGCGCCACCUUUAGCGAUGAAUGGCGACUCGUCGGAUGAUAACGGCGAACCGAUCUACGAGUCUGUGUUGCCGCGCGAGGAGAACGAUCUCGACAGUCCAAUUGUUCACAAUGGCAGUCAUAGUCCUGGUCAAAUGGUUAACGGCGAAUCUUGCGGGUCUUUGCCGCCGAACAACAAAAUGACUAAGGAAAUUGCCGGUAGUCCGCCAUCCAGGCCGGAAUCAACGAAUUCUGCUGGCCAUCAUCAUCCGCAUCAUCAUCAUCAUCAUCAUCAGACGAUGAUACCCCAGGCGCAACAAAACGGUCACGAUCAACCGCAAUCGCAACCGCAAGUGUCGCAGCAGUUGCCGGUCGAGCGUGAGCAGCGACGCAAGUGCCGCGUGGAACGCAAAUUGCAAGAACUUGAGGACAAGAAGGAACAGGAGAACGAGGCUACUUAUCACGAUAUCGUCGAGUUUGCACAAAACUACUUCAACAGCCAUGAACGUUCGCCGGAAGGCACUAUAAUGGCCACGCUAACGAGAAAGUCACGCGGCAAGAGCAUCGAGUACAUCCCGAAAUACGAGAUGGUUACGUACUACAAAGGAUCCAGCAUCCCGAAUUCACAUAUUCAUAUGUAUGAUCCCGAUAACGUGAACGUUGCGUGUUCUGUAUUCAGGGAUUUGUGUAAAUAUAUACGCGGCGAGAUGAAGCUGGAUCAGGAGAUAGCCACGAUCCAGAGUAUCAUCGCUUACGGGAUCGAGCGGGAAGAAUUACGAGACGAAAUUUAUGUGCAAUGCAUGCGUCAGGCGACCAACAAUCCCAACGCCGAAUGGGCGGAACGCGUAUGGUUGCUGUUAUGCUUAGCGAUCGUCGCCUUCCAACCGAGUAAACUACUCUACAAAUACUUUGUCUCCUUCCUAAAGAAGAAUCUUGCUCUCGAGGGCAAGCUAAGACAAUACGUACAAUGGUGUGUGGAUAAUUGCAAGAAUACCAAGGUAUCUUGCAGACAACAUCCACCGUCCACCGUAGAGAUUGCCGCUAUGAGACGAUUGGGCACUAUAGUCUGCCGAUUCUUUUUUCUGGACGGAAGAACAAAAGCAAUUGACGUACAUCCGACAGACACGGCCGCCGACGCUGUCGCCAAACUUGGAGAAAAAUUGGGUCUUCGGUCGUUGGAAGGUUGGGCCAUCUAUCAGAGCAGACCGGACGGAGAGGAACACGUGCGGGCUCAUGAUUAUCUGUACGACGUGAUCGCUGCAUGGGAGAUGAAACAAUGCAAAUUAAAUACCGCACAAUCGACGUUCUCAACUUUGCGACGCGGUAAUAACGCUACUCUAGGCAGCGGCGACAAUCGCUUCGUUUUCAAAAGAAGAUUAUUCCGUAAUCCGAGAGAAAUCUCGCAGGAUCCCGUCGAGGUUAAUAUGCUGUACGCGCAAGCGGUCUACAACGUCGUAAAGUGCGACGAUUUUCCGGUAUCUGAGAAAGUGGCGCUGCAAUUAGCAGGAUUGCAGGCGCAAGUAUCUCUCGGAGAUCCCAAGGAUAACGACAGACUGGAUUACUACAGUGAGGUGGAUAGCUUUCUACCUUACAGAAUCAGUCGCGCCCGCGGCGACGAUGUUUGGGUGCCGAUUAUAGCGCAAGCGCACCGGCAAUACGGAGCCGGGCGCAAGGAACUGGCGGCCAAAGUUCUAUAUCUGUCUUGCGUGAUGCAGUAUCCUCUCUAUGGCACGACAAUGUUCAACGUUACUUACCGAGGAUAUUGGUCUUAUGGCAACCAAUUGAUUCUUGGUAUCAAUUGUGACGGUCUCAUGCUAAUCAAGCCAGACGAUAAGUUCGUUUUAUCCGAAUAUCGUUAUCAAGACGUCGAGAGCAUCAUGUUGGAUCCGAGCGACUCAUUUAUCACGCUUUCGCUGCUACGACAUAAUCCCGAUAGUUCGCACAAAUGUUUCGUAUUCGAAACCUUGCAAAAGAACGAGAUUGGUAGUCUGAUAGUUAGCUAUUGUUCGGCGCUGGCAGGUUGGAUCACGGAGAAUGAGGUGCCCACGAAGAAACUCAAGUGUAUCACCAACGAGGAUCGUAUCAGGCUUUAUCACAAUCUGGUCAACUGUCGGCGAACGCUAGUCGAUUCGGAAAUCCUGAGGAAACCGCAAGAUUCCGGCGGCGGUUUUCUCAGGAACACACUCCGCAGAUUGUCUAAACAUCGGAUAGAGAAACUCAGGCAAGAGCAUGGAAGCGCCGAUCACGGCGAGACCUAUAAAGGCUUCCCGUACGCCUAUUGGGCAUUCAGUAGACAGCAAAUACCACAGAGUUUGUCGAAACUGCCAGAUCCCGAUGAGCAGAUCUCUUUAAAUAUCUUCCAGUUAAUUCUGACAUACGCGGGACUCGGCCAGAACGGCGACACGGUCCGCAGAGUCGAAGACGAGCACGUGAAUCUCAUACAGACUGUCAUGGAACGUUGCAUACGAAAGGAAAACUUGUUGGGCGAACUAUAUCUACAAUUGAUCAAGCAAACGACGGAUCAUCCGGAUCCGAACAAUCGUGUUAAUCUGCGACACUGGGCAUUGCUCUCGCUUGCGUGUUCCGUGAUUCUUCCGCCUCAGAAGGUUAUACGUAAAUACUUGAUCGCGCACUUGAAGCGAUGCGCCAGCGAUUACGUCACCGAGGAGGGCAAGUACGCGAGAUUCGCGGAAAAGUGCCUUUAUAAGACUCAGGGCACCCGAAGACGGCAAUGGCCACCGAGUCGCGAGGAGAUCAUGUGCACCAUUAAUCGCCGACCGAUCUACGCGAGAUUCCACUUUAUGGAUGGCCAAUACCACGCCGUCGAGUUUCAUCCAUCUGCAACUGCCAGGGACGUUAUGGAGAUUAUCAAGACUAAGAUGGGACUCGAAGAAACUGCUAUGGGCUACGCGAUUUACGAGGUGUUGGGACCGACCGAGCGAUCACUGAUCCCUGAGGAGAAGAUAGCCGACGUCAUGUCCAAGUGGGAACGAUAUAGGACAUCGCAGCAGAAUCAACAGAGCUCACAACGGAAGCACGUGCAUCACUUCUUCCUAUUCAAAAAACAUUUGUUCCUAGACCAAUACAUGAACCUAGAUGAUCCGGUGGAGAAGGAGCUGCUGUAUCAUCAAGUGCUACAUGAUUUGCGCGCCGAUCGGUUUCCCAUCACUGAGAAAGAAGCUAUGAUGCUGACGGCUUUGCAAGCGCAACUGGAAAUGAGCGACUGCCAAGAUACCAUAUCGGAACAAGAUUAUCGAACGAUAUCGAGCCACUGCCUACCGUCGAGACUCGUGCCGUGCUUGUGCGUGGACGGUGUACGCCAGCAUCAUCAAUCUUUGCGCGGAAUGACACCACCCGAAGCAAAGAAGGCUUUCCUGAAUCUCAUCCAAUCAUGGCCGUUGCACCGAGCGACGAUAUUCGACGUGAUGCAAUCGUUCACCUCAAAUUGGCCUCGCGUAUUGUGGCUGGCUGUUGAUCAGCAGGGUCUUCAUCUUCUGGAACACCGUUCCAGAAACGCACUGUGUACUUACGAAUAUAGCAGUAUUCUAAGUUAUACACCCGCCGUUAAUUGUCUGAUGAUCAUUACCGGUACGGAUAAGAAGCAGAGCAAGGUUAUUCUCACCACGUCGCAGGCUCAUCAGAUAGCGAAUCUAAUACGCGAGUACAUGGAGGUGCUUCAAUCGCCACCGGAAAUACCGAGACGAGACUCGACGAUGACUGCUCAACAAUUUGCCGCUCAACAGCAGCAGCAACAGCAUCAGCAACCGCCAGCAACACUGCCGUCAUCUACGACCGGCGGACGAAAGUCCCGACCCGCUUCGAUGUUACACAGAGGUGCUCCGGUAAUACAAUCGCAAGCUAGUUAGAAUGGUUAGAUAAAUCUCUUGCGGGAGUUAUAUAUUAUAAAGACAGUUUCCCUUCAACCUGGUACCUAAAUCGCGCCGCACGUUCCAUAAUUAUAAAGUGCCAUAAACUCGAGAUACGCACACAGCGGUAUUAUCUAUUUUAUCAAAGAAUACGCAUAAUUCUAAUAUACAUAUAUAUACAUACAUAUAUAUACAUAUUAUAUUGUAUAAUUUUAAUCCCCGUACACACUGCUCCGUCUUGUUCACUGCGAUAAAGCGUUCCCUGUAUGCGUAACUAUAUCUUAACAAUAUUCUUUGAGAGAUUAAAACACGUAGAAUGACGUUUAGUAUCAGGUUGUGGCGAAAAGAGAACGGUUUGCAUUUAAACGCGCGUCGUCACGUGCGUCUAACGUUAAAUGCAGUUGUCCCAUCCCCUCGCAUAUCAGACCUAGACAAGAUCUAACGUCUGAGAAGCGUAUCGUAAGGAUAUCAGAAAGGCAUAUCCUAAUUUUUCGAACAUCUUUUCGUUUUGAAAAGCUACAUUUAACGCUAGAUGCUACGACAUUAGAUAGAAAUAUUAAUCCGGCGCUUUAAAUUGAUCACGCUUUUCUCGAUCGGGCCUAUCGAGAAGCGACGAUGUAUCGAACAACAACACUAUAGCCUAGGGAUACUUAUUUCUUCCACUAUUUAUUAGAUUAGCUUAGAAUCUCGCAGAGAUUCGUCAAAGACUAUAGAUUUAGUCUCCGCGUAUAUAACCGAUUUAUAGCGAGAUGAGUGAUAAACAACUGCCAUUAGAAGAGUUAUCGACCGCGAGGAAAGUUGCCGAGGAUUUUUCUAUUUCUAUUAUGACCACCGUUAUCAUUGUUGCCUUUUUUAUCUGAGUGACCGCCGCCACGUUUUUGAUAACGAUUUCUGCAACACGAAAUAUAAGAGAAUUUUCAAUAUAUGGCGAUACGAUUAUUCUGAUACAUCGUUAACUCCGAUCGGCAGUCAAUAAUUAUUCCACCGCAUAUCAUAUCGAUUGAAGGGUAAUAUAAUAUCGCGAAGAGAAAGAAGGAACGAUU